GAGGACACAUCUUUACCAGCUACACGGUUUACACCCCCGUCCAGACUUCGCGGUCCGUCACGUGAAAUCUUUGCCUCGCUCACCAUCGCAGAGACGCACACACGAGUGUACAGGACAGUGGUGGACAGUGCGGUGACAACACCUGUGGAAUUCCGUUCGUCAGCUGGGUCUUUUACAAGCACCUGGCCCUGCAAUCUUGUCAAAGGAGGAGUGCAGCGACGAAUCCGUGAGCUGAUACGGUCGUGUUGCGGUUUUGCCGAAACGGCAACCCUGCAAUCACCUCCCCUUUGUCUGCGCCAGACUCCCGUUUUUGUCCACCUCAGACACACCCGAUCUCGAAUCCGGUCGCAACUGAUCUCCUCCACCACACAAGCUUCGAUCACUCUCGUUUCAAUCUGUGACUGCGCAUAUGCGCCUGCUCUAGAUCCCGAAAAAGAAACACCACCAUCAUCGCCUCCUCCCUCCGUUGCCUUUUUUUUUCUCAGGCCACUGCGGGGCAUCGUGAAUGCGCCAUGAAGGUAAUGUCCACACACUCUCCUGCACGUAUGCGCAUUCUUGUCUGGACCUGUGAAUACUGAUUCGUUCCUUGUGCCCCCCUCCUCCAGGCCAUUCGCCGAUCUCUCAAGAGCGACAAGGAAUCUAGGCACGCACCCUCGCUUUCCAUCACACCCAAGACCAUCCAGGCACUGCCCCCGAAGAAGGUCAUCAAGGCGCUGUAUGACUAUGCGCCCCAGAAUGGCAACGGACAAGAGCUGGCAUUUCACAAGGGCGAUUUCUUCCAUGUUCUGAGCCGUGAAGACGAUACCGAGUGGUACGAGGCGUGCAACCCGCUCAUCCCGUCUGCCAGGGGCUUGGUCCCUGUCGCUUUCUUCGAGGUCGUGGGCAAACAACAGCGCCAGAGUGGUAACUCACUGUCGUCCCCCGGAGAACGAGCAGAGAGCCAUGAUUCGGGCUUCUCGGAGAAGGGUUCGACUCACUCUGGACACAUGAGGUCAGAGUCCACCGCUACCGCGAGGCCGCCGACGCAUAUGAGAGGUGCAAGCAUGAUUGGCAAGGCCGGGGGUGCCAUGGUCUAUGGCGUGGUGCAAUAUGAUUUCAAUGCGGAAAGACCGGACGAGCUGGACGCGAAAGCCGGUGAGGCGAUCAUCGUGGUGGCCCAGUCAAACCCAGAGUGGUUUGUCGCAAAGCCGAUAGGGCGGCUUGGAGGGCCAGGUCUGAUUCCAGUUUCGUUCGUGGACAUCAAAGACACCGCGACGAUGGCGUCGGUUCCAGAUCCGCUCGAGGCCGUCCGCAAGGCUGGCGUCCCCAAAGUGGAGGAAUGGAAGAAAUUCGCGGCGGAAUAUAAGAACAACAGCAUCAGUUUGGGCAAGUUUUCCAGCCCAGAAGCUCAAAUGUCGGCCGACAUGGCAAGAAUGAGUCUACAAAACGGUGGCUCCCAGCAGUCUCUUGCAAGCAAUACCUACUCUCAAGGUUCAGGUCCCAGAACCUCACAACAGCCACAAAUUCCUUUGGCGCCAAUGAGUGCCUCGGUGCCCAGAUACUGUUUUGAUAAUGACAUGUAUUGGUAUAUCAUCGAGUGUCAGAUGGAGGAUGGGCGAUGGUGGGAACUGUCAAGAUACUAUGCCGAUUUCUACGACUUCCAGAUUGCACUGCUGGAAAUGUUUCCUGAAGAAGCGGGCAACAAGGGGAAGCCUCGUACGUUACCGUUCAUGCCGGGACCCGUUGCCCAUGUCACAGAUGCGAUCUCCAACGGGCGACGCCAGAAUCUUGAUGAGUACAUCAAGAAGAUUGUCGCCAUGCCCAGCCACAUCUCGAAGAGCAUGUUGGUAAGAAAUUUGUUCAAACCGAGACCAGGCCAGGAUUUCGAAAUCGACCCAAGCGCCCUCGGCGAAGAUUAUCGGCUUUCUGAAGGAUCUCAGCAGUCGCUACAGGGACUUUCGAGGGUUUCCACAAAUCAGCAACCCACAGGUACAGGUUAUGGUGGAAUGGCUAUGCCCAACUCUUCUCGAUCAUCGCAACAACGUCCACCUCCACCCAUGACAGCUGGCCCUGGCAUGGCUCUCGGAGGUCCUCCCUUCCUUCAUUCACAAGCAAGCAACUUGACACAAGCAUCCACCUCUUCGAGCAUGAGAGCAGGAAAUGCCAGUGGCCCAAUGAAAGUUAAGGUAUUCUUCCAAGACGACAUCAUCGCCAUUCGCGUCCCGCAAGAUAUUGCAUUCGCUGCCCUAAAAGAAAGACUGGUAGAACGACUUAAACUCAACGACGGCGUUGUCAUUCACUACAAGGACGAGCUCAGCAACAGUAUGUUAGAACUUGAGAAUGAUGACAAUCUGGACGAGGCUCUACAGCGGAAUCCCAAACUUACAUUACAUGUCAACUAUGCUGCGGGUUGAGCUACAACUGCCAGAACGGCUGUAUUGCAAUCUUGAGCUUUUGUUUCAGACCCUGGUCUCAAUGCUAGACACGCAGGAUCCGGGUGCCCUUGCCCUUCUUUGGCUUCGAUAAAUGGGAGGGAACAGGGCAACCUGAUGAGCAAUGUUUUUAUAAUGUGGUCAUGUCAAGGCGCACGGAAUCGGUUGAAAUCUUGAGGAAGACGGUUUUCGUCUCUCAUACGUGGUGUACUUGUCGCAACAAAAAGCUCGCAAAAGAAUUAUGGACUCUUCCCGCCGUGCAAACCCAGGUGCUAUCGUUGGAUGAGAAGGGGCUUUUGUCACUACUACAAGGAACUGGCUAUUGGGCGGAUUCACGUUGCGUGCGCUGAUGGUAUAUCCCGAGGAUGGUUCACGAGGAUAUUGGUCCUUUUGAGGGGGGUUUGGAUCGCUUUUGCUGUCGUUGAAGGGAGAGCGAGUGAUUUAGAUUCAACGAUUAUAGCUCUUAGUCUCUGCGUCUUAUAAGGAGUGAGAUGAAUUGUCAUAUCAUAUUCCUUUACCUCUUAAA